AAUGCGACGCAGAAGCAGCUGAAAAAGACCCAGAAUAACAUGAUUUAUAUGAGUUUUUUGGUCAGGGCUGAGUUUACUGGAGGCGCUGCAGAUGUCCCCCGGCUAGUGUUGCUGACUCCACACGUUUUUGGUUAUGCGGCCAACAAGAGUCUGCUCGGGGGAGGUGGAGUGGACGGAGCCAUCCACCGGGCUGCGGGUCCCCUGCUCAAGAAGGAGUGCGCCUCCCUCCGCGGCUGCGAGACGGGAGAGGCCAAGAUCACCUGUGGCUACGGCCUCCCGGCAAAGUAUGUGAUCCACACCGUGGGGCCGAUUGCCCAGGGAGGAGUUAGUGAGCAGGAGAGGAGGGCUCUGAGGUCCUGCUACAGGAACAGUCUGCUGACUGCCACCGAAAACGCUGCUCGAUCUGUGGCGUUCCCGUGCAUCUCCACUGGAAUCUACGGAUAUCCACCUGAACAGGCGGUGCACGAGGCGCUAGCAGCCGUGAGGGAGUUCCUUGAUGCGCAUCAUGACAAGCUGGACAGAGUCAUCUUCUGCGUUUUCCUGCCGACGGAUAAGGAGCUGUAUCUGCACAACCUCCCGCUCUACUUCCCUCCUGAGGCCACUAUCAGGAGUAAGCUCUGAACGAGGGCAUCUCUCAGGCUCGGUUGCUGUGGAUACGCACCGCCGCAUCCGGAUUCCUCCUCCAGAUCAAGACCUUCUCCUGCAAGAAGAUGGCUUUUUUUUUUUCUUUUUUUUUCUCACAUGCUGAUUAGUUUUUCUGCUUUAGAGAGGUGUUGUGAUUAAGGUGGGAAAUGAUGUUAACUGUUCUUAUUAAAAAUCUACCUAAAGUUGCAUUAAACCUGUGAUCUGUUGCCCCCUCCUCCACCAAUCACGUGUCCUGUGUGCUUUAGCAUUCGGAUUCCAAUUAAAUGUGUGUGUAUGUGAGAAACAUGACAAAAGCUUAUUAAAGCGAACCUCGCAGGCC